CACUUUUACUACAUGCGAUAUACGCUUCUGAGGUGUUCUAUGGUCGCCCCUUCUCUCUCAUACCAAUUAGUCUAUCCUUGUCGCGAUAAAACAACAUUCGCUGGUCGAAAGUGGUUUUCACUAAUAAAUUACCAUGGUGCACAAUUCGAGGACCAUUUAUGCUUUUGCACGCGAGAUGUUUCCCAGGAACACCAAAUCUAUCAUACAAUAUGGUACCGCAGGUUUUCGUAACAAAGCGACCAAUUUGGACUACGUGAUGUACCGUAUGGGACUGCUGGCGGUUCUAAGGGCAAGGUUCAAAAAAGCGUGUAUUGGUGUGAUGAUCACUGCCUCACACAAUCCGGAACCAGACAAUGGAGUAAAACUGGUUGAUCCAAUGGGAGAAAUGUUGGAUCAGUCAUGGGAAGCUUGGGCCACUAAACUUGCGAAUGUACCCGAUAAUCAACUGGAGAGCGUGGUAAACGAAAUAGUAAGUCAUUUCAAAAUCGAAAACAUGAACGACCGCGUCGAAAUAUAUAUCGGAAAGGACACGCGCCCAAGCAGCCCCAGUUUGUCUGAGGCGGUGGCGCACGGCGUCCGAGCGGUUAGCGGCAAACCGAUAGAUUUCGGCAUCGUGACUACUCCUCAGUUGCACUACUUUGUUUGUUGCAAAAACACGCAGGGGGCUUACGGCAAACCGACCGAGGAUGGAUAUUAUAGAAAGUUGUGCGGCGCUUUUAAAAGUUUAAGGGGCGACAAGUACGAGAACGGCAAUUACAAUAACACGAUCGUUUACGACGGCGCCAACGGAGUGGGAGCCAAGAAAGUAAAAUAUCUGAAAGAGGUGCUGGGAGAUUCGUUGCAGAUACAGAUGUACAACGAUGAGAUUAUCGGGUCUGGAAAGCUCAACUAUUUGUGCGGAGCCGAUUUCGUCAAGUCUCAGCAAAAAUAUCCGACCGGCAUUCCGGAUCAAGCGAACGUUAGAUGUUGUUCGGUGGACGGUGACGCCGAUCGUCUGGUCUACUAUUACAAAGACGAGAACAACGCGCUUCAUUUGAUGGACGGUGAUAGAAUUGCCACACUGAUUGCCGGUUAUAUUAAAGAGAGCCUGGCUUUAACUGGCAUCAACCUUAAUUUAGGUUUGGUGCAAACUGCUUACGCUAACGGGGCGUCCACUGAUUACAUCACAAAGCAGUUGAAAGUACCGGUGAGCUGCGUCCCAACAGGCGUCAAACAUUUACACCACAAGGCACUGGACUACGACAUCGGUGUGUAUUUCGAAGCUAACGGACACGGAACAGUCGUCUUUAGUCAAAAUGCCAAGGAUAAAUUGAAAGAGGCGGGACAAAAUGAAAACCUGAACGAGGAACAGAGGAAAGCGUCCAAGAAAAUGUUGAAUUUGAUCGAUGUUAUUAACGAAACUGUGGGCGAUGCGAUUUCUGAUAUGCUUUUGGUGGAGACGAUACUACACGAUAAAGGCUGGAGUAUCCAGGAUUGGGAGAAGUGCUACACCGAUUUACCUAAUAAGCUCACGAAGGUCACCGUUCAAGAUAGAACAAUAUUCACAACGACGGACGCUGAACGUAAAUUGGUAACACCGAAGGGAUUACAAGAAGAAAUCGAUAAACUGGUAGCGAAAUACGAACAAGCUCGAUCCUUUGUUCGAGCCUCGGGAACGGAAGACGCUGUCAGGGUUUACGUAGAGGCCAAGACACAACAGGAUGUGGACAAACUGGCGACGGAAGUGACGUACAAAGUGUUCCAAUUGGGCGGUGGAGUCGGAACUCCGCCUCCCAAUCCGGAUAAUUAAAGGGAUCGUAGGCUUAACAGAUCCGACAAUCGACAGUUACCGAAAAUUGAGCUUAAAAUCAUAGUGAUUCGUAAUCAGAUUGGGGAUUCAUUUUAAUCGACGACGAAAACGACAAAUUUGGAAAUUUGUCAACAUUUUAUUUAUUUUUACGUCAAUAUUUUUACAAGCUAUUCAUCGACCUUAGUAAGUUUUUGUGUAGUAUAAAUUGUACAAGUGUUAAAUAUUUCAAUCUACUGCCUUUCUAUGUAGAACGCUUUUAUUUUAUCAAAUCUAUACUUUUUUAUACAAUAUUUUAUAGCACUUAUACAUUUUAUACGUUAUAUCUUUAAAGUUUAAAAGAUUGAAAAUCAUUUUUACAUACUGCAGUGAGGUAUUUUAAAAUACCGCUGUAUAAUAUUUAUUUUACACAAUACGAAAUUAAUAGCAGUUAUUCUUGGAAAUUAAACAAUUUAUGAGGAACACUAUUAAGUAAAUUUGGAGUAAUAAUUCCCUGCUAUUAGGAUUACUCCAAAUCAACAGAUAUCAC